GGUGCGUACGGAGAAUUCGGCGCAUACGUGCCAGAAUUUGUGCACAUCCCUGCACAGCUUGAUGUAGGAAUUCGUAAUGAAUUCCUGCGUAAUGGACUACAUGCGGAAAUAGUUGGCGAAGUGGCUGAUCGAAAAGAAGCUUGUGGAAUAGUGCUGCUUGACUACACGGCAUAUGUUGACGGGGACCUAUUCGAAGCGGCAGUGAAACCGAUUGAAGACUAUCUGAUGAAAGCCGAUAAGAAUACCGUUCUGAAUGAAACUCUUCGAUUGGAGGUCUAUAAGACGAUGAAGGCAACAGCAUUGGUCGAACACAAAGCUGAAAUGAUGAAGCUUUUUGAAAUGCGCCGUGCCACCACACCAUGGUACAGGGCAACGGAGCUGCAGUUUUUCCCUUAUGCCGGAGUUGUUGCGCUCGGUAUUGGGAUGGGACUUGGCGGUUUGAUAUUCAAAGGUGUUGAGCACGUGUUCGAGGAAAGUGAGCUCAGACACUACAGAACGGAGACUCAGAACAAAAUGAAGGCUAUCGCGAAUACGUUCGUGGCGCUGAUCAACGGAAUCACUUUUCAAACAUCAAGUGACCAUUUCGGAUUAGCAUUUUCAUCUGUGCGGACUCAAGUGUAUGCGCAAGUGCAUGAUACCCUCGAUCAGCUGUUCGGUUUCGGUAGAGUGGCUGAAGGGCUGUUGGAACGGUCGAGUAACCGCAGCCUCAUGUCGGCAAUCAAGCGGCUUGCGGGUGCACACUUCAACGGGUCACUGCUGGCAUUGCACGGCAGUGGUGCAAGGGAUACGAUAAAGGCCACGGUAAUCGGAAUGAAUAUGAGAACAAUUGAAAUCAAGAUCUGUUAUCCAACAGCGAUGGUUUCCGAUGUAGACUAUCUGGUUCGCGUGGAACCUCUUGGACAAUUCUUGCCAAACAUGAGUGCAUAUUGGAUACACGACGUUGGAGGAUUGUAUGCGAUCAAGAAGGAGGAACACAAGAAUGUCAAUUUAUCCAAACUAAAAAUGGUGCAAGAUGAAAGCCUGUGUCGACACUCGUCCUCAGUUAUGCUGUGCAAUUUGCAAGAACAAGUACCAGGAUGUGGACUGCUUUCUUCAGAUCGGCAUAAGUGCGAACUGGUCUUGCAAAAUUCGACGGACGAACAGUUCACUUUGGUGCGGCCGUUAGCACGUUUCGUGAUCAUAGCAACUAGGGCCACGCAAAUGUACGAGAUGCCUGAGGAGCUCCACAAUAUACAGGAUCCAAAAGUUAUCACGAAGCCGGUGUUUGCCGUCGAAGUGCCGAGAGGGAAGUGGUUGAGGAUCGGAAAGGUGGUGGUCCACUCGCGUGUAGUCCAGAGCGAAAUGGGCACUGAUUUCAAAGUCAUAGUACCGGAUACAGUUCCGAACUACACACCUGAUGCAUCACCACAUAUGGCAUCGGACUCAUGGAUAUCGUAUUCAUGGAUAUCAGACUCAUGGAUGAUGCUGUUGUGGCUGAUUACCAUCAUUUAUUGCACAAUGUUGUAUUGGAAGCAUUGUAGAAGAUUUAACGCCGUGGAACGUGAGCAAGCUGACGCGAAGCAAUGGAGAGAUUACUUUGAUAAUCACCGUAUGCAGAACUAUCCUCUUGUUCCUCAUAUAUAUGAUUAA